ACGCUACAAUGGUGACAAGACAGUAUACGAUGGUGACAGUCCGUCGUACUGUCGCGCUUUCACAAUCGUACCGUCUCGCGCUAGUACGAUGGUGAAGCGCGACAGUGCGAUGGCGAUGCGCGACAGUACAAUGGCGAAGCGCGACAGUACGAUGGGGACGAUGCUUCGCCAUCGCACUGUCGUGAUGGUGACGUUCUGAACAACUCGUCGCAUUAGAUUGCUUUCCCGAUAUAUGACUUGUACGGCUUUCCAUAAUUCGAAACCUGUAUAUCUUUUCACACUUUUUUCAAGAGCAAUGUUGAUUCUACUACUUUGAGUACGGUAUUUCCGCAUGAAUGAUAUAACUUAAGUUUCUAUCGUUAGCGUUUCGUGAAACUGUUUCUCUACACGUCAAAUGAACAAAUAUUGUCUAAGAUAUAUAAAAAGCUACUAUAAUUGCAUAAAAAGUUGAAGUUUGAAAAUGAAAUCACGUCUUGUGUUGGCUUAUCAGAACGGACUAAGCAUUUCCCCAGUAAGCACCCUGUACCUUUUUUUGAAUUAGCGGUACCUGACUAUAUUUUAAUUGUUGUAUAUAGUUACUGUCGUAAGGGACUUGGACCAAGUUUAUAGCACUGAGUUUGGAGACCAGCCGGCCUUUUGCCAGUUUCCAAUUGAGCAUUUUCACACGGUUUUAUCAAUUCACUUAUAACCUUAACAUGUGAGAUAAUAGACUUUACUCCGUAACUAUGCAUGUCUUAUCUGACCUUAAGGUAACAAAUUCAAGUGUACAAUUGCUGAUGGGUUUGGAGUCAUAUUCUAGAAUGACGUUAACAAAAUGUACACGCAGUUUGUAGCAGCAAUUAACAGCAUAGUUAUGUAAAUGUACACACCAGUCACUGGUCAAGGAAGUCAUGAAGACAAUCCAAGAAUUUCCGAAAUGCUUUUUUAUUUUCUCUCGGAAAAAAAUGUCAUAAAAAUGCAUGAUACAGCAGUUUUGUGUCUGACUGUGUCUGGGAGAAGUGAGAAAAUAUAUGAAACAUUUGACUUCCUUAUAUAUAAGUGAUUCUCUAUUUCUUGCUUCAUGUGCGAGUAUUUACCCCCUUCAACUUGUAAAGUUUCAAAUAGUUCACAUAUAUAAAUGCACAUGUAUGUUUAGUUAUUUGAAACAACUAACACAUAUAUUUUGCCUUCCUUUCUUUGAACUGAUGUUGACCUAAAACCUUCCUACUUUCAUGACUGUCCUCGCACUUCCGCCGAACCCCUGUUGUUGAUAAAUCAAUAAUUACCCACUUCACGAACCAGUCCAGCUUCAAAAUCUUUAAUGAUCUACCGUCCUUUAUUUAUUUGUCAUCCUCUUAGACUAUUAAGACGUGUGAGUGUCCUUAAAACGCGGAAAUACCUAAUCAGAAUUAAAGAGGUUCGGCAUUCUAUUAACUAAAGUAAUGCACAUACUGUAUACAAACCGUGUUAUUCAUAUCUUAUGUCAUUAUUCAUCAGUUUAAAUGUUGCCUGAAUUAAUACUCAUAAGUUAAUGUGCCUGUCUUACAUCAACAAUAAAUGAAAAUACGACAGCAUGGAUGUUUUUGGAAUUGUUAUUUGUUUUAUUAGUUUAAUUAUCAUUGGGAACAGUUCAGCAAUUUACACGAGAGGGCGUGGUAUUAGAUUCUCGAGAAGACAACGUUCCAGAGAUGUGCCGUCAAAUCUGAAAGCCCCGCCCACAGGUCAGCAGAUAAGAUUGUCACAUGGUGAGGAAGUGGGUGUCGAGAAUGGUCGUGUAGAAGUUUUCAUACGAGACAAAUUUAGCGCAAUCUGUGAUAAUAGUUGGGACAUACGGGACGCUGAUGUCGUCUGCAAACAAAUUGGUUUCUUGCGUGGCGCAGUUUCAGCCAGAAAAGGUGGGACUCUUGGAAGAGGUAGCAGAUACGUCAUGGAUAAUGUAGAUUGUGACGAGCAUACGCAGAAUGUAGUAGAAUGUGAUUGGGAAACGCCGGACGAAUGUGGUCCAAGGAAGGCGGCAGGGGUCGAAUGUCAGCCCAACAAAGGUUGCCCGGAUGGCUGGAUAGCUGGCCCAACUGGUUGUUACCAGAUCCUGCCAAACAUGGUGACAAAACGGCAGUUUGCCGUCAACAAGUGCGCGGCACGUGGGGGUCAUCUGUUAAACAUUGAAACUGAGGAGGAAAACCAUUUCAUUUCACACGUUUUCUGGAAUGAAUCUUUAGGUCCACUUCUCACCGGCGGGGUCAAGGUCGGAAGAAAAUGGAUGUGGGAAAAAUUCUCCAUGGAAAGGAAUGGCCGAGACGUUGAAACAACCACAAAGGUAUCGAUAGAGGAAUUCAAAUGGUUUCCAGGUUGGCAACCCGGAAGUUACCUAGCAGAGCCUUCAAGCAAGAAGAAAGAUCGCUGUUUGUUCCUUUCGAAUAUUUUUAAACAUCCAAACGGAAGUGAUGUCAAUGUUGGUUACCACUUCUGGCUGAACGACCGCUGUUCCAGCACAAGGAAGCGUAUGAGUUCCGGCUUCCGGUAUAUCUGUGAAAGGUCGCCGCAAUGGACGGAUGUCGGUUGCUUUAGCGGAACUGGUACGGAGUAUCGGGGAUCAGCAUCUUUCACCAGCAAGGGUACACCCUGUAUGAAAUGGACGGAAGCCACUGAUAUCAACCCUGAAACAUACCCGGGAAAGGGUUUAGGAGACCACAAUAAUUGCCGUAACCCUGACAACGAUGAGGCCCCAUGGUGCUGGAUUUCAGAGGAGAAUUUUGAAUUUUGUAGCAUUCCAAAAUGCACAGGGGUGAACGAUGGUAUCGAAACUGAAGUAACCGUUGACAGUGUUACUGAAACAAGCGACGAUACUAAUACUGAGACAAACGACGAUACUAAUACUGAAACAAGCGACGAUACUAAUACUGAAACGAACGACGAUACUAACACUGAAACAAGCGACCACACUGAUAGUGAUACAGAAACAAACGACGAUACUAAUACUGAAACAAGCGACGAUGUUCAUACUGAAACAAGCGACGAUAUUCAUACAGAAGCAAGCGAAGACGUUCAUACUGAAACAAGGGGCGAUGUUCAUACUGAAUCAAGUGUCGAAACUCAUACGGAAGCGAGCGAACACGUUCACACUGAGACAAGCGAAGAUACUCUUAAUGGAGCGAGCGAACACAUUCGCACUGAGACAAGCGACGAUGUUCAUACUGACAGAAGCGACAAUAUUCGUACUGAAUCAAGCGACGAUAUUCAUACGGAAGCAAGCGAAGACGUUCAUACUGAAACAAGGGACGGUACUCAUACAGAAGCAAGCGAAGUCGUUCAUACUGAAACAAGCGACGAUGUUCAUACUGACACAAGCGACGAUGUUCAUGGUGAAUCAACCGAAAACGUUAGUACUGGAUCAACUGACGACAUUCAUACUGAAUCAACUGAGGAAGAAGAAAUCACGUGCAGUGCAGAGGAAUUUCGUUGCAUUGACAGAUGUAUCCCGGUUCACUGGACAUGUGAUAUGGAACCAGACUGUAAGAAUGGAGAAGACGAGGGCCUUCACUAUAUUGGUUUUCUCAUGGUGCGGCUCAAUUAUACUUUUGAAAUUUCAGACUACAAGCUGUCAUUGUUUAAACUGUCGGAAGAAAUGACGGUUCGAGGCCAUGAAGUUGAAACCUACGCAGGCACCACAAAUGAAACGUGUGCAAAGUAUUGUCUAAAGUCCAAGCGGUUUGUUUGUCGGUCGUUUUCAUUCAGUUCUCGGACACGGGAGUGUGUGUUAUCACAUCACAAUUCUGAGACUGGAGACUUCAAAGUAUCACGGAGAGAAAGCGUGUUUGAACUGCGUUCUCAACUUAUUCGUACUGUUUCAGAUGACUGUGAAGGAAUGUUUCGGUGCAAGAACGGUCGGUGUCUGUCCCAGGAUAACGUCUGUGACGGCGUGGACAAUUGUGACGACUUCUCGGACGAAGACGAAUGUGGUGAAGAUGCACCUGUGACUGUAAAACUGAUGGGCGGUACCGACAUGGCUGGACGAGUCGAAGUAUUUUACAAGGGAGAGUGGGGCCUUAUAUGCGAUGACAACUGGGAUGCAAAAGACGCUGCUGUCGUCUGCAAUAUGUUAGGAUUUACCGGAAGUGCAGAAGCACUUGCAAGAUCGCAUUACGGUAGUGGGGUCGGUAACAUUUUACUGGAUGAGGUUGAGUGCAAUGGAACGGAGACGUCCAUUGAUCAGUGUAAACAUAGCGGCUGGAAGAACCAUGACUGCUAUAUAUGGGAAGUAGCCGCAGUCAAGUGUUCGGCAAAUGAAGAUCCCGUUUGUAAUGUUGACAAGGAGUUUACCUGCACAGAGGACUCUAAAUGUAUAUCUCUAAACGAGGUGUGUGACGGAAAAUGUCAAUGUGCGAACUGUGAAGACGAUCAGACUUGUGAUUCCAAAGUGAAGUUAAUUGGAGGUGAGAAGCCAUCAGAAGGUCGGGUGGAGCUUGUCCUGAAUGGUAUUAGAGGUACUAUCUGUGAUGAUUACUUCGAGGACGAGGACGCUACUGUCGUCUGCAGGAUGCUCGGCUAUAGUGUGGGAAUCGCAGUAAAAGAUUCCUUAUUUGGGCCUGGCAAUGGAACUAUCUGGAUGGAUGAUGUUAAAUGUAUUGGAAAUGAAACCGACAUAAUUACAUGUCCACACUUCGGACCACGUGAUCAGGACUGUGGACACGGCGAAGACGUUGGUGUGAUUUGUGAGACAGCAGACGAUGCGAUAACUGUUGAACUUGAGGAUGGAUCUGAAAGCAGUGGCCGCGUGAUACUGACAAGAAACGGUGAAAAGGGAACCAUCUGUGACGAUAGCUGGGAUGACGAAGAUGCUACAGUCAUCUGUAGAAUGCUUGGAUUUAGGAAUGGAAAGGCACUAACGGGCGAAUUUUAUGGUCCUGGAGACGCCAGUAUGCACAUAUAUUUAGACGAUGUGCAGUGCAGAGGAGAUGAAAAGUCUAUAGAGCAAUGUUCUCACUCUGACUGGCUCGUUCACAACUGUGAACACAAAGAGGACGCUGCAGUACACUGUUCGCCGCAUGAUGACGUUGAUACGACAGUGACCACUUCUACAACCACGCAAAUUCCAACACAGCCACCAACUACAACUGGAACAUCAGACUGUCACAACCCUGACUUCCCAUACGCCGGAAGAAAAGCUGUAACACAGAAUGGCUUUGAGUGUCAGGCCUGGGAUUUGGAUACUCCACAUCGGCACAAACAUCACAAUGAUUCCGCGUUUCCUGACAGCUCAGUAAAAGCGGCUAAAAACUACUGCAGGUCUCCGGACGGAGAUCCAGUGCCAUGGUGCUAUACCACACACCCAGAUGAAAGAUGGGGUUAUUGUAAAGUCCCUAAAUGUAAAGUUGAUUGUUUCACUAUUGCGUCCGAGUACACCGGUCCCACUUCAAAGACAACCUCUGGUCAUAUAUGUCAAAGAUGGUCCUCAGACACGCCUCAUCACCAUAAAUACCAUAGUGACGAGCGUUUUCCGGAUGCAAGCGUAGAUGAGGCAGCCAAUCACUGUAGGUCACCCGAUGGUGACGUCACGCCAUGGUGCUACACCACUAACGAAAAGGAAAGAUGGGAAUACUGCAACGUUUCUAGAUGUGGUGGGGGAUUUAAUUUCAAUAUAAACUGCGGUUUACGACCUCUUGAACACGACCGCGACCGCAGGGAUGUUGGGGAGGAAGAAGAGUCGUACGGUACAGACUAUCUGCCGUACCGGAAAUUGGGUCGGAUUUACGGCGGGUCUAAAGCCUCCUACGGAAUGUAUCCAUGGCAAGCAGGGAUACGGAGACGGUUGUCCGGGUAUUUGGGCUAUCAUUUACACCACUGCGGGGGAACAAUUAUCGGAGAGUAUUGGGUUCUAAGCGCUGCACACUGUUUUAGGGACGCCAGUAAAGCACAAGUGAUAGUGCGUACAGGAGAUCUCAACUCUGGAUACAGAGAUAAAUAUGAGCAAGAGUUUGACGUAGAAGCUAUUAUUCAACAUGAAAGAUAUAACUCAGCCCAAGAUUACGACUAUGAUAUAGCGUUGUUAAAACUACGACCAAUACAUGGGCGAGGUAUAGUGUUCAACGACUAUGUACAACCGGCCUGUCUUCCAAAUGAAACUACGGAAUACCGACCGGGGCAUAAAUGUCUCAUAUCUGGCUGGGGAGAACAUGAAGAUGAUUCCCGUAGCGUACAUAUGAAAGCUGCACGGGUGCCGUUAGUAGAUCAGCGGACAUGUAACAGGCUGUACAAACAAACAAUUACACCCAACAUGGCCUGUGCAGGAUAUCUUGCUGGCGGUACAGACACGUGUUCCGGGGACUCUGGCGGCCCGCUGGUGUGUAAAAUAAAUGAUAAAUAUACAAUAAUGGGAGUGGUGUCCUUUGGUGAGGGAUGUGCCGUGCCGAACGCACCGGGCGUGUACGCACGUGUUUCCGCUUUCAUACCUUGGAUUAAAGAAAAACUUUCACUUUAUGUUUGAAUAGAUUUGACGUGAACAGAACAACAUAAUUAUGCAGUCUUUUUAUUGAGUAUCUGAAAUAUGCCAAACAGUAUCAACUAUGUUAUAGAUCGUACAUAGAGCUACAUGUAAGUUGGACAUGUUGUUCAGCCCCCAAAGGUAGAUGGGAUGCAUAGUUUAACCAACGUUUAUGAAAAUGUUUCUGAGUUUGCCCCGCAAUUUGACUAGUCUUGCCCUUCAAUAGUAAAAGUCUUGGUGCUCUGACUUCAGACAAGUUAUUGAGAACAUUGGUGGUACUGGUACUUUGGACUUCCACUGUUUAUAUGUUUUACUUUUUACAGUCACACACUCUCAAACCCAUAUUUUUACAUAGGCUGCUGACCGUUCCACGGCGGUGCCCUUAUUAGUUCACCCGAGCACGAAGUGCUCAAGGGUGAGCUUUUGUGGUCAGUGAUUGUCCGGCGUCCGUCGUCCGUCAACACCUCCCAGCCUAAACCACCAGUCCAAUUUUGAUGAAACUUCACAGGAAUGUUCCUUGCAUGACCCGCAUUGAAAAUUAGUCAAAGAAAUGAAUUCCAUACAGAACUCUGGUUGCCAUGGCAACCGAAAGGAAAAACUUCAAAAAUUGUCCAAAACCACAGUAGCUAGGGCUUUGAUAUUUGGUAUGUGGCAUCAUCUAAUGGUCCUUUACCAAGUUUGUUCAAAUUAUCUCCCUAGGGUCAAAUAUGGCCCCGCAAUGGUAGUGGGGGGGGGGGUCACAUGGUUUACAUAGAUUUAUAUAGGGAAAAACUUCUUGUCCAAAACAACUGGGCCUAGGGCUUUGAUAUUUGGUAUGUAACAUCAUCUAGUGGUCCUCUACCAAGAUUGUUCAAAUUAUCCCCCUAAGGUCAAAUAUGGACCCGCCCUGGGGGUCACAUGGUUUAUAUCUACUUAUAUAGAAAAAAAACUUUGAAAAUCUUCUUUUCAAAAACCACAGGGCAUAGGGCUUUGAUAUUAGGUAUGUGACAUCAUCUAGUGGUCCUCUACCAAGAUUGUUCGAAUUAUGCCUCUGGGGUGAAAAGAGGCCCCGCCCCGGUGGUCCCAAUUUUAUAUAGACUUAUAUAGAAAAAAACUUUAAAAAUCUUCUUGUCUGAAACCACAAGACCUAGGCCUUUGAUAUUUGGUAUGUAGCAUUACCUUAUGGUCCUCUACCAAAUGUUUUCAAAUUAAAACUCUGGGGUGAAAAGAGGCCCCACCCCGGGGGUCCCAAGUUUUACAUAGACUUAAAUAGAAAAAACUUUAAAAAUCUUCUUGUCUGAAACCACAAGACCUAGGCCUUUGAUAUUUGGUAUGUAGCAUUGCCUUAUGGUCCUCUACUAAGUUUAUUCAAAUUAUGUCCCUGGAGUGAAAAGAGGCAUCGCCCCGGGGGUACCAAGUUUUACAUAGACUUAUAUAGGAAAAAAAUUUAAAAAAUCUUUUGUUCUGAAACUCCAAGGCCUGGGCUUUUGAUAUUUGGUAUGUUGCAUUGCCUAGUGGUCCUUUACCAAGAUUAUUCAAAUUAUGCCCCUAAGGUGAAAAGAGACCCCACCCAGGGGUCCCAAGUUUUACAUAGACCUACAUAGGAAGAAACUUUAAAAAUCUUCUUGCCUGAAACUGCAAGGCCUAGGCUUUUGAUAUUUGGUAUGUUGCAUUGCCUAAUGGUCCUCUACCAUAAUUGUUCAAAUUAUGCCCCUGGGGUGAAAAGAGGCCCUGUCCCGGGGGCCCCAAGUUUUACAUAGACUUAUAUAGGAAUAAAAUAAAAAUCUUCUUGUCUGAAAGUUCAAGGCUUAAGCCUUUGAUAUUUAGUAUGUAGCAUUGCCUAGUGGUUCUUUAACAAGAUUGUUCAAAUUAUGCCCCAGGGGUGAAAAGAGGCCCAGCCCCGGGGGUCACUUGUAUAUAAGUUAUAUAGGAAAAAUACUUCAAAACUUAUCUGAUCAUAUUUCCUACAUUGUUUAAUUAUAAUUACCUGAUGACCCCAAGUAAUUAGGGGUCACUUGACUGUGACCUUGGUCUACUUACCUACUUUUUUGUUUUUUAAUGUCUUGAAAUUUGGAUGACAUGUACUGUUUUACACACCAUAACAGCAUAGAAAUUUGAACCACAUCAGUAACUUUCGAUAAAGAUUUCAAUACUCAUCUUUAAUGUUCUUAGCCCUGACCUACUGACCUACUGUCUUGUUUUUGAAGCUACAGCAAAGAGAUUUGUAUAAUCUUUUAACAGAUUUCAGUACUUAUCUUGAAGAAUCUUUACCGUGACCUUCUCACCUAGUUUCUUUUUGUUUUUGAAGCUUUAGCAAAGAAAUUUGUUCAAGCAAGCAAUUAAACUCAGGUGAGCGAUGUAGGGCCGUUUUUUUUGUUGUCUGUUUCGUGUUAUAUGUUGUAAAUUGAUGAUGUUACUUAACUCCUCUCCGCACCAAAUAUUACUUCCCCCUUCCCUUCUUUUUACCCUUUCCCAUUGUUUCAUUUCUUUCUUAUAAUUAUAAUGUGCUUGUUGGUGGGUAUUUGAAGCAAUACGCCACUAUUAUUUCUGUUUGUAGUUGACCUACUUCGCGAUGUGUGGCUCUGACUAUGUGCUCAAUGCUUCCGUGGAGUCUCUCCAUACCUUUUUACUUUUUAAUGAAUAAAAGGACUGUAAAAUGACUGUUGGGUAUCUUAAAGCUUACUUAUAAGCAUCAAAAUGCUUAUCUGCUUGAAUAGCGAAGGUAUUAUAUGCUAUAUCAAAUAUUUACUUACAUGGAAAAUUAGUAUUUGUUCCAGCACCGAAAAUACAUUUUUUAUGUUUCCUUGAUCGAAAUUUUAUAAAGCUCACCAGCGGCUCCAUACAGCGUUAAGCAACUCGCUUUUUUGUUAACUUCUACGGGAUAUAAGUUUACUAAGUUAAUUCCGUUUCUGUUUCACGUGCAUGCAUGUAUGAAGUGUAAUAUCUUAAUGGUAAAGCAUAUAUCUCUAUUGUGUUGACGUUUUCGUUUAUUUAUUUUAUCAGCGGUUUUCAUCCAAAGUCAUUCAUACAUUAUAAUAAAGUGCAGGUUCACAUACAAUUUUA